AUGGCACGAAAACUUUGUAUCACCGCUGCUGAUGGUCAUACCGGCCAUCUCAUCACAGAGCUUCUUCUCACGGAUCCAAAUUUCAAAAAACAGUUCGAUUCAGUGGCUGGGCUCACGCUGCAUCCCAAUGCCGAACGCUGUGAGCAGCUGAGGAAACUGGGCGCAAAAAUUGUCCCGCAUAAACCAGGACGAUUGAAGGAUAUGGUGAAUACCCUGCAACAGACACAUGUUGAUACACUUUGCCUCAUUCCCCCUGCACAUAGAGAUAAAUUUGACAUUACUGUCGAGUUGAUCAAUGCUGCAAAAAAGGCGAAUGUGCCAAAUAUCUGUUUCAUCAGUUCUGCCGGAGCAGAUCUUGCAGAGAGAGAUAAGCAGCCGAGACUUCGCGAGUUCAUUGACCUUGAAUGUCUCUUUCUCUCGUCCAAGGGAGAUCCAUCGACUUCAGCUGGGCACAGUCCAGUAGUAAUUCGUGCCGGUUUUUAUGCAGAGAACCUCUUACUCUAUGCCCCUCAGGCUAAAGAGGAGGGUAGGCUGCCUCUACCCAUUGGCAAAACGCAUAAGUUUGCGCCAAUCGCUUUAGGAGAUGUGGCUCAAGUGGCGGCCCAUGUACUGACCGGCAAGGGAAAACAUGGCUUCAGCGACUCCCAUCGCGGUCAACUUAUCGUCCUCACUGGCCCUAUGCUUGCCACUGGCGACGAGCUUGCUGAAGCAGCUAGUAACGCUGAGGUCGCAAAGCUAGAAUUCGAUGAUAUCUCCGAGGCCGAAGCUAAGAAGGUGCUUCACUCGCAGUCAGAGAGCGAUGAAUCCGAACUACAGUACCUUCUAGAAUAUUACUCAUUGGUUCGUGAAGGAAAAACGAAUUACAUUUCAACAACAGCAUUCCACGAUAUCACAGGAUCUCAUCCCCAGGAGCCACUCGAUUUCUUCAAGGUUUAUAAGGAAGAAUUCCUUCCUCACCAUGCAAAUAAAAAGAGGAAAGCGCAUAAGGGUUGA